AUUCCAGCAUAUACGUAGAAUAGUUAGGACGCGCUUUGCUUGUCUGUACGCGGUAUUAGCGAAAAAAAAGAAUAAAAUAAAAAUAUUGGAAUAUUAAUUAUUUAAAUUAAAUAAAAAAGUCUUUUUUUGUUUUCCAAAAAAAAUUCGAACUGGACAAUAUAGUCAACAAUGCAGUCUCACAGUAAAAAGCGUGUGUGCUAUUAUUACGACAGUGAUAUUGGCAAUUACUACUAUGGACAGGGACAUCCGAUGAAACCACACCGUAUACGUAUGACACAUAAUUUAUUGUUGAAUUAUGGUUUAUAUAGAAAAAUGGAAAUAUAUCGUCCACAUAAAGCAACAGCAGAUGAGAUGACCAAAUUCCAUUCAGAUGAAUAUGUACGUUUUUUACGAUCCAUACGACCUGAUAAUAUGUCCGAGUACAACAAGCAAAUGCAGCGUUUUAAUGUAGGUGAAGAUUGUCCAGUAUUUGAUGGACUCUACGAAUUCUGUCAGCUUUCGGCUGGUGGAUCUGUAGCAGCAGCUGUAAAACUAAAUAAACAAGCAUCAGAAAUUUGUAUAAACUGGGGUGGUGGACUGCAUCAUGCAAAAAAAUCCGAAGCUUCCGGUUUUUGCUAUGUUAAUGAUAUUGUAUUGGGCAUAUUGGAACUUUUAAAAUACCAUCAACGUGUUCUCUAUAUAGAUAUAGAUGUACAUCAUGGCGAUGGAGUGGAGGAAGCAUUUUACACCACUGAUCGUGUUAUGACAGUCAGUUUUCACAAAUAUGGGGAAUAUUUUCCAGGUACCGGUGAUUUGCGCGAUAUAGGCGCAGGCAAGGGCAAAUAUUAUGCUGUAAACAUUCCCUUACGCGAUGGUAUGGACGAUGAUGCCUACGAGUCUAUAUUUGUGCCGAUUAUAUCAAAAGUUAUGGAAACAUUCCAACCUGCUGCGGUUGUGUUGCAAUGUGGCGCUGACUCCUUGACUGGCGAUCGACUGGGUUGCUUUAAUUUAACUGUUAAAGGACAUGGCAAAUGUGUAGAAUUUGUCAAGAAAUACAAUUUACCGUUCCUAAUGGUCGGUGGUGGUGGUUAUACCAUACGUAAUGUAUCACGCUGUUGGACUUAUGAGACUUCCGUGGCUUUAGGUGUUGAAAUAGCAAAUGAAUUGCCUUAUAAUGAUUAUUUCGAAUAUUUUGGCCCCGAUUUCAAAUUGCAUAUCAGCCCUAGUAACAUGUCCAAUCAAAACACUUCAGAAUAUUUAGAAAAAAUCAAAAAUAGACUAUUUGAAAACCUACGUAUGCUUCCACAUGCACCAGGCGUACAAAUGCAAGCUAUACCCGAGGAUGCUAUUAAUGAUGAAUCAGAAGAUGAGGAUAAAGUUGAUAAAGAUGAGAGACUACCGCAAAGUGACAAAGACAAACGCAUUGUUCCCGAUAAUGAGUACUCAGAUUCGGAAGAUGAAGGUGAAGGCGGCAGACGCGAUAAUCGUUCCUAUAAAGGGCAAAGAAAACGCCCACGUCUUGAAAAAGAUAAUAAGAAUUCUACUGAUAAUUCUGAAAUUAAAGAUGAAAAAGAGAAAAUGGACACAAAUGACACUGAGGAUGCAGUUAAAAACGAUGAAGCGAAAAAGGAUAAUAUGUGACGUGGUGGACGCAAUUGGUUAUAGAAGCCAAUAAAACGUUUAACCAAAUUUUAACUUAGUAUCAGUUAGUAAUUCUAUUUUUCGUUGUCUUCGUCAAGUAUAUAAUUUAGUUUAUAAGUUAAUGAAGGUACAUAUGAAACAGAUAUACUGCAGAUCUUGUGCGCAAAUUUAACUCAAAAUAGUUUCCGUUUGUAACAUACAUGUUAUUUGAUUAUAAUUAAUCAAUUAAGCAAUUUAAGUUCACCUACUGUGAAUUGCAAUGUAAAUGAAAGAUUUGAAAAUAGAUUUUGAUGUCCUUUAAAUCAUAUAAUAUUCUCUAAAUAUAUUAUUUUGUAAACUCACUUCAUCAUAUAUAUGUAAUAAACCUAAAAAAUAAAUUUUAUUUUAAGCAUUUACAUCAAUAGUUUUAUACAAAUUUCUGGAUCCAUAUUUUUAUAUAUUCAUAAGUAAUAGUACUUAAAUUAAUUAUAAAUUAAACUUUGCAAUUUUUACAAAACG